UAUGCACUCGUUUUCAAAUGUUUACGUCUAUUUUUUCUCGAAAUUCUCAUUUGUGAGGCCAAAACGUGUAAUUUGAAAAAAAUUAAAUUAAAUGACUCUCAACGUUUCUUAAUAUGUAUUUUUAUACCCUGAAAAGGGUGUUUGUAACAACUAAAAGGAAAUGCCGGAGACGCUAUAAAGUAUAUAUAUACUCGUAUACAACUGAUCAGCGUCCGUCUGAAAUAUUAUAAACUGAUAUUUGAAUUGCCUGGCCGGAUUGGAUAUCCCCUAUUGGGAAACGCUUUACAAAUUAAACGAAGAGAUGAAAUAUUAAAUUCAAUGAAAGAAGCAGAGGCAGAAUAUGGCGGUCUAUUCUUAUCUUGGAUCGGUCCAUUUCCCAUAGCUGUCGUGAGCGAGCCUCAGAUAGCUAAGGACAUAUUAACUUCGCCAAAUUGUGUCAACAAAAGUUUUGUGUACAAGGGAGUCCAGGAUGCAACGGGACCAGGGUUGUUCACGAUAGACGACCCUGAAUGGAGUUACCACAGGAAGUUAUUGAAUCCGGCUUUUGGGCAUAAAAUAUUGAUUAAUUUUAUACCAAUCUUUAAUAAAGAGGUUGAUGACUUAAUGGAAGUUUUUAAAACGUUAACAGAUAUUGAUGGAGUGGAUUUGGUACCAAUACUGCAAAAAUUUACAUUAAAAAUCGCUACCCAAACUACUAUGGGUCAAAAUUUAAAAGACCAUGGCUCAGCUGUUGAUGAGUCGUUGUUGCAAUCUUUUCCAUUCAUUCAAGAGACUAUUACCGAAAUGGGUACAUUGUCGUGGUUAAGCAUGAAAGCGUUGGUGUGGGUUUUAGGAGAUUAUGAGCAAUAUAAAAGGUCCAAAACGGUUAUUCGCAAAUUCAUAGGCAAACUAAUUACGGAACGCACGGAAACUUUACCGGACCAGUCGAAGCUAGAUGGCAAUAUUUUUAUAAAUCGAGCUAUCGAAUUACUUCAACAGGGAAGAUUUUCGUGUAAAAAUGUUGAAGAUGAAUCUAUCGUCAUAGUUUUCGGGGCGUUUGAAACGACAGCGACCACUUUAAAGCACAUUUUAAUUAUGUUGGCAAUGCACCCGCAAUGUCAGGAGCGAGUCUUGGAAGAAGUCUCUUCAUUGUGGCCUGAAAGCGGGUCAUUUGAAAUAAAUUAUUCGGACAUCCAACAACUUUCCUAUGUUAGCAUGGUGAUUGACGAAACGAUGCGUGUAAUGGCUACUGUUCCAGUAGUGGGAAGACAGUUAAUUGCAGACACUAAACUAAGCAACGGCGUCGUUCUGCCAAAGGGGAUUCAAGUUCUAGUUGAUAUAUUUAAUAUGCAACGCAGGGAAGACAUUUGGGGACCAGAAGCUCACCUCUUUAACCCUGAAAAUUUCUUGCCGUCAAAUAUAGAUAGCAAACAUACCUAUUCGUAUAUACCCUUUACGAAAGGUAUACGGAAUUGUAUUGGGUCUAAAUAUGCAUUGCUGUCACUAAAAAUUGCCGUGUCUAAACUUGUAAGAAAUUUCCGAUUCACUACCGACUUUCAGUACAAUAAUGUAGAUUUUGUCGAAAACAUAACAAUUAAACUUAAGCAAUCGCCACUGAUCAGAAUUCAUAAGAGAAAAGUGUAAUUCGCUUAAGUAAUCUAAAUAAGCACAAGUAUAAAUGUACUCUUUAAUAAUGGAGUUAGUAUAUUUAUCAUAAUGUAAUUUAUGGUUUCACUUUACAUAUAAUAAAAUAUUUGAGUCAAAACAUUAA